ACCUUGCAGAACAGUGCGGACGGGGGCGCUGCGGCGAAGGCGGCGGCUCGCACCAGAGCGCACAUCAGCCCCCCGGGCCAGCCAGCAGCGGUGGCGGCGCCGGCGGGCCGGCCGGCGGGGCGGGCAAGCCUUGCAAACUGGUGCAGCUAGGAGCCCUGCAAACCUCUCGCCAGACUACCAGAAGCAGAAAAUCAGGAAGUGCCAGCCCUGCGCCCCAGAUUAAAGGAUUUACCUGAAGACAAAGAAUUCUAUUCAUCAGAGACUAGACAAGAGUUACUCUUGCUUUUGGCAAUUAAAGAUGAUGUUGUCAUGGAAACAGUUGAUCCUGCUUUUGUUCAUUGGCUGCCUGGCAGGUGAGCUUGUUUUACAAGGCCCCGUGUUUAUCAAAGAGCCCAGCAACAGUGUUUUCCCUGUUGGUUCAGAGGAUAAAAAAAUAACUUUAAAUUGUGAAGCAAGAGGCAACCCUUCACCUCAUUACAGAUGGCAGCUGAAUGGCAGUGAUAUCGACACAAGUCUGGACCAUCGUUACAAAUUGAACGGAGGAAAUCUCAUAGUUAUUAACCCCAACAGAAAUUGGGAUACGGGAAGUUAUCAGUGCUUUGCCACAAAUUCGCUUGGAACAAUAGUGAGCCGAGAAGCCAAGCUCCAAUUUGCUUAUCUUGAAAAUUUUAAGACCAGAAUGAGAAGCACAGUAUCAGUCCGUGAAGGUCAGGGGGUGGUCCUCCUCUGUGGACCCCCACCACACUCUGGUGAACUAUCAUAUGCUUGGGUCUUCAACGAGUAUCCAUCAUUUGUUGAAGAAGACAGCCGGAGAUUUGUCUCUCAAGAGACAGGGCACCUCUACAUAGCUAAGGUGGAGUCAUCUGAUGUGGGAAAUUACACAUGUGUGGUGACUAGCACUGUAACAAAUGCCAGAGUAUUGGGCUCCCCAACCCCUUUGGUGCUACGCUCUGAUGGUGUCAUGGGUGAAUAUGAACCUAAGAUAGAAGUCCAGUUUCCAGAAACUCUUCCAGCAGCUAAAGGUUCAACUGUGAAGUUGGAAUGCUUCGCCCUUGGGAACCCUGUUCCUCAGAUUAACUGGAGAAGAAGUGAUGGGAUGCCAUUUCCCAACAAAAUUAAAUUGAGAAAGUUCAAUGGUGUGCUCGAAAUCUCGAACUUCCAACAGGAAGAUACAGGCUCCUAUGAGUGCAUUGCUGAGAAUUCACGAGGAAAAAAUGUGGCAAGAGGGCGGCUCACGUAUUAUGCAAAACCUCAUUGGGUUCAACUUAUAAGAGAUGUGGAAAUAGCUGUGGAGGAGAGUCUUUAUUGGGAAUGCCGAGCAAGUGGGAAGCCCAAACCCUCCUACCGAUGGCUCAAAAAUGGAGACGCCUUAGUACUAGAGGAGAGAAUACAGAUAGAAAAUGGUGCCCUUACAAUAUCGAACCUCAAUGUGACUGACUCUGGAAUGUUCCAGUGUAUAGCAGAAAACAAGCAUGGGCUUAUCUAUUCCAGUGCUGAGCUCAAAGUUGUAGCUUCUGCUCCAGAUUUUUCAAGGAACCCCAUGAAAAAAUUGGUUCAGGUGCAAGUAGGCAGCCUGGUGAUCUUGGAUUGUAAACCCAGAGCUUCCCCAAGGGCGCUUUCUUUCUGGAAGAAGGGAGACAUGAUGGUGCGGGAGCAGACAAGGAUUUCCUUGUUAAAUGAUGGAGGACUCAAAAUUCUGAAUGUAACUAAGGCUGAUGCUGGAAUCUACACCUGCACAGCAGAAAACCAGUUUGGGAAAGCAAAUGGCACAACACACUUGGUUGUGACAGAACCAACGAGAAUAAUUUUGGCUCCUUCUAACAUGGAUGUUGCUGUUGGUGAGAGCGUCAUUUUACCCUGCCAGGUGCAACACGACCCCCUGUUAGACAUUAUGUUUGCCUGGUAUUUCAAUGGAGCCCUUACAGACUUUAAGAAAGAUGGAUCCCACUUUGAGAAAGUUGGUGGGAGUUCGUCUGGUGAUUUAAUGAUCAGAAACAUUCAACUGAAACACAGUGGGAAGUAUGUGUGUAUGGUGCAGACAGGGGUGGACAGCGUUUCGUCGGCAGCUGAGCUCAUAGUGAGAGGUUCACCUGGACCACCAGAAAAUGUGAAGGUAGAUGAAAUUACAGACACAACAGCCCAGCUCUCUUGGACAGAAGGUACAGACAGCCAUAGCCCAGUUCUAUCCUAUGCAGUCCAGGCUAGGACACCUUUCUCCGUGGGCUGGCAAACUGUCACAACAGUACCGGAAGUCAUUGAUGGCAAGACACGUACAGCUACUGUGGUGGAGUUAAACCCAUGGGUGGAAUAUGAAUUUCGAGUAGUAGCCAGUAACAAAAUUGGAGGCGGAGAACCCAGUUUACCCUCAGAAAAAGUAAGGACUGAAGAGGCAGCUCCAGAAGUGGCACCUUCUGAGGUCAGCGGAGGAGGUGGAAGCCGAUCUGAACUAGUAAUAACCUGGGAUCCAGUCCCUGAAGAACUACAGAAUGGUGAAGGUUUUGGGUACGUGGUUGCUUUCCGCCCACUUGGGGUUACCACCUGGAUCCAGACAGUGGUGACAUCCCCAGAUAACCCAAGAUACAUCUUUAGGAAUGAAAGCAUUGUGCCUUUUUCACCAUAUGAAGUUAAAGUGGGUGUUUACAAUAACAAAGGUGAAGGGCCCUUUAGCCCAGUGACAACAGUAUUCUCUGCAGAGGAAGAGCCUACAGUAGCCCCAUCCCACAUCUCUGCCCAUAGCCUGUCUUCUUCAGAAAUUGAAGUUUCAUGGAACACAAUUCCCUGGAAGUUGAGCAAUGGACAUUUACUUGGCUAUGAGGUGCGGUACUGGAACAAUGGAGGAGAAGAAGAAUCAUCCAGCAAAGUGAAAGUGGCAGGAAAUCAGACAUCAGCUGUGCUCCGGGGCCUGACCAGCAACCUGGCAUAUCACACAGCCGUCCGGGCUUACAACAGCGCAGGCGCUGGUCCCUUCAGUGCCACAGUUAAUGCAACCACCAAGAAAACCCCUCCCAGUCAGCCACCAGGAAAUGUCAUUUGGAAUGCUACAGACACUAAAGUGUUACUUAAUUGGGAGCAAGUGAAAGCAAUGGAGAAUGAAUCAGAAGUAACAGGCUACAAGGUUUUCUAUAGGACUAGCAGUCAAAAUAAUGUGCAAGUACUGAACACAAAUAAAACUUCAGCUGAACUUUUGCUACCUAUCAAAGAGGACUACAUUAUUGAAGUUAAGGCCACCACAGAAGGAGGGGAUGGCACCAGUAGUGAGCAGAUCAGGAUUCCAAGAAUAACCAGUAUGGAUGCGAGAGGAUCUACGUCAGCCAUUUCUAACAUUCACCCUGUGUCAGGUUAUAUACCAGUCCUACUGUUCUUUAUUGUAAAUGCUUUGUGGUGAUAGGCUUUUUUAUUAUUUACUGGAAAAUUAAUUGGUUACCCAAAAAAAGUGCUUUCUGAAACAGUGAUUAUGCAUGUUUUUUCAGCUGUGUGUUUUUAAAUUUCUACUCCAUUAUAGGUAAAAUAUGAAUAUAAUAAAAACAGUAAAUCCUUUUAGAGGAAUCUGAAAUGCCUUAAUAUUUGCUUGGUAAACCAAAGGAAUUUGCAAUUUACACACUGCAAACUUUUGAUAUAAAUAUUCCUAUGUUAUGAGUUUAAGCACUGCCUAUGUGAGGCACAUAUAAACACAGGAUACACAGAAAACACAGUGCACACAUGAUAUGUAAAAACAAAUAAUACAUAUACAGUAUACAAAGAGAUAUGUAUAAACACACACACACACACACAAAUACACACAGUUUUUCUAUACUAAAAACACUUAUUUAUUCCAAAUGUUCUUUUCCCAUUAUUACAGUAUCAUCUAUCAUUUUAAAUUACCAAUUUGAAUCCCUCAGAGUAAAAAAAAAUAAUGCGCUUAGUUAUGCUGGGAGUGGCCUGUGAUUCUAUAGGGUAUUAUUAGACAAUGCUACUCUGAGCUUGGGCAAGUGACAUUUGCUUCAGUGUACUCUAUGACUUCGAGGUUCCCCUAGUCACUUUGUCCUCUCAUCUCUGUUAUUCAUUCUGUGAAAUGAGGUGGUAUUAUUUCUCCUAUCUGCCUUUACUGCGAGAAUUAGUUGUUAAAAGAAAAACACAGAGGGGAAUAUGAAAAGCACUGUUUUCUCCCACAUGCAGUGUUCCUGUGCAGAAUCUUACCUGAACUUUCUAAAGAGGCGUGCAAACCAGGCAUGUUUUUGAAGCUUACUAGCAUUCCAUGCUCUCUCUGUGGGAUUAUCUGUCUCACUCAAAGAUGGAAAUUGAACCUGAGUGAAUAUUAUAACAUCUUUUGUUUUUGUUCAUAUUUAUAAAGAAAAGAUGGUACCUGGAAAUGAAUGCAUUUCAUCCUGUCUCAGAAUUAAAAUGAAAUUUAUUAAGGACUCAUUCCCUCCCCAUGUAAAAAUAAGCUUUCAGGGUUUUUUUUUUUUUUUUUAAACCCAGUAGAGUAAAUAAGGAACAACCUAUAUCUUCACUCAAAUAUGAAACAAAAUGCACACAAUUCUUCAUUUCCAAUUUCUGAUUCCAUUAAUGGGGGACCUCUCUCUGUUUGGAUGGCAAGGAUGUUUCUUUAAUGAAAUCCCGCUGUCUGUCUCAUCAAGUCAGGCAGGCUUUUUCGUUCCCGAGUUAAAUUUGUAAUAGACCAUGGUGAUGCUGCUGGCUUUGAUACGGAUGACUCAGCCUUUCAAUAUGUGGUUUUCAAAAGCCUGUGGAAGACAUGACUUCACAGCAAUAUGUAAAAAGUAUAUGAAAAUCAGCAGAUUGAGUGUUAGACAUUCAAAAUCAAUUUUUUACCUCUUGCCUACCAAUUUUAUAUUUUUCUGGAAUUUGCUCAUAUUAUCAAAGUUAGCAAAAUUAGAAACCAAUGAGGUAGCUCUCAAGAAACACUAAAAAUUAGCCAGAGCCUGAUACCAUUUUAGUGUACCACCCUUCCUUCAGAGAUUCCAUUUAAGUCAAGGUCACUAUGUAAAAAGGAGAAUGAUUUUUUUACGAUUCUCUGUAGGGUCUGUAUAUAUUGUACAUAUCCAGAAGAAAUCUGAAUGACUAGUUGAUUUCCUAUGACCAUUGUUAUUUCCAGUCAAAAAGUGGGGAAGCACUUCCUGCAAUCCCUAUGCUUUACAGUACAUGUAACAGAACUGUACCUUUUUAUUAUCUGAUGACUCCUUGAAUUUGUUCCUAUACUUUUCUUUUGCAAGAUGGUAAUUCUCUUUUUUCCUGUUAUUUCUAUCAGUAUAUCUCCAUGAGAUGCAGACACUGUUUCAUAUUGAAAAGUCUAAAUUUUACUCUUUAAAUUCCUGUGUGUGUAUCCUAUGGUUAUCUGUAUGUAUUAUUUUCUAUUAUUCUAAUAAAAUUUAUAAUAAUAAAAUA